GAGAAAGAGAAAGAAAGAGUAACUGACAAUAUGAGAUUGACAUAAUGCGGGGUAAUCUGUAUAUGAAUUCAUAGACAUGUGAAAAAUAAUUGAAAUAGCAUAUAAAGAAGAGGACAAUUAUCACAUUAUUUUAUUUUCUUUUCUUUUUUCAAUACAAAAACUUAAUGCCUAUUAAACAAAGAUUAGCUGCUGUUAAACAGCAUUUGACUGAUGAACAAGUCUAUGCAAAGGCUAUCGAUCCUGUUGAAAGUAUGAAUGAAGAAAGAGCAAAGGCUUCUUUCAAUAUUCGUGAAUUAACUUACCUUUUGGACGGUGGAGAAAAGAGUACGCUGCUCAAAGAACGCUUCAUGCAAGAGUUUGAACGAGAUCCUUUGUUCAAGAUGGAUGACAUUCACGAUAUCACCAAGGAUGAAUUACGUGAGAGAACAAUGGAAAAGUUUCGUUCCUUAGUACAUCAUUUAUCCAAUGAACCUAUUGAUGUCUUUAAGAAAAGAAUGGAAAUUGUGAGCUUAAUCGACCCUGGAUUUUGGACAAGGUUCGGUGUUCACUACGGUUUAUUCGUUGGCGCUUUACAAAGCAAUGCCACCUCAGGCCAACUAGGAUACUGGUUUCAAAAGGGUGCUCUGUCACUUUCAGGCAUGGUAGGAUGCUUUGCAAUGACCGAGCUUGGCCAUGGUUCAAAUGUACCUGGCUUAGAAACCACUGCUACCUUUGACGAAGCCUCAGAUCAAUUCAUCAUUCAUACUCCUACUCUUACUGCCACAAAGUGGUGGAUUGGUGGUGCAGCCCAUAGUGCUACUCAUGCUGCUGUCUUUGCACAACUAAUCGUAAAGGGUAAAAACUAUGGAACGAAGUGCUUUGUUGUUCCCUUGAGAGACCCCAAGACCUACAAUCUCUUGCCUGGUGUGAACAUUGGUGACAUUGGCAAAAAAAUGGGUCGUGAUGGCAUUGACAACGGUUGGAUCCAAUUUACCCAUGUUCGCAUCCCUCGCAGCUAUAUGUUGAUGAAACACACCAAGGUGUCUCGUACGGGCACAGUUAAGGAACCCAAAUUGCAGCAAUUGACAUAUGGUGCUUUACUUCAAGGUCGUGUUGCUAUGGUUGUUGAUAGCGGUAACGUCUCCAAGAAAGCUUUGACUAUUGCCAUAAGAUACGCUGCCGUUCGUCGUCAGUUUUCCAACUCAGAUUCAAAGAUUGAAACUAAACUGCUCGACUAUCCAAUCCAUCAACGUCGUCUGAUGCCUCUCCUUGCACAAACCUUUGCUAUGUUGUUUACAGGCUCUGAAAUGACAGAGAUGUACAAUAAGAUGAUGAGCCGAUUGGAAAACGCAAAACCAGGUGAUACAGACCUUGAAAAAGUACUUGAAAUGUUGAAAGAAACCCACGCUACGAGUGCUGGCUUAAAGGCUUUCUGUACAUGGAAUUGUCUUAGCACGAUCGAAGCCUGCAGACAGGCCUGUGGUGGCCAUGGAUACUCAGCUUACACUGGCUUGGCUGGCAUGUAUCAAGAUUUUGCUGUGCAAUGCACUUGGGAAGGUGACAAUACCAUUUUGACACUCCAAUUGGGACGUUACCUCAUCGCUAGCUUCCGUGAGGCUGUCAAAGGAAAAAAACUCUCUCCAGGUGUAGGCUACUUGAAUAACCUUGAUGCGUUGAUUGGAAAGCGUUGUAAUGCUACAAAUUCAGAUGCUCUUUUAGAUCCCAAGGUCAUUCUUGAAGGUUGGCAGGUUGUUUGUGCUAACGUAGUCAGAAACGCUGCUCUCGAAUUUGAAGAAUGUAUCAAACAAGGAUUAAGCGCUGAUGAUGCUUAUGAGCAAUGCUCUCAAUCAAGACUUUACGCUGCAAAGUUACAUUCCUAUGGCUACUUAUUCAACCGUUUCCUUGAUGGUGUUUCCAAGGUUGAAGGUAAUCUCAAGGCAGCCUUGCUGGACGUCUGUCUUCUUUACGGUCUCUACACCAUUGAAGAGAAUGCUGGAGCCUUCUUACAAUAUGGAUAUUUCUCACCAAAGCAAAUGGAAUCCAUUCGUUCCUUCACAAAUGAUCUUUGUAAAGCAGUAAGAGACCAAGCUAUCCCUCUUGUUGAUGCAUUCAACUUGAGUGACUACAUCGUCAACAGCCCCUUAGGCCGUGCUGAUGGAAACGUAUAUGUUCAUUACUUUGAUCAAGUAAAGAGAUCCAAUCCUCAAGGACCUCACCCUUACUUCAACCGUUUGAUCAAACCUUUAAUUGAUCGUGAAGUAAACGAAUCGGAUGAAGAUGAUGAAGACGCUGGUUUAGAAGAUGAAGAUGAAGACGCAGAGUAAAUUGAUAUUUCUCAUGAAAUACGCCAUAUAUAUAUUAUGUACUAUAGACUAGACUGUUUAUACCAUCCAAUAAAUACUUAAUUGUCCCAAUCGAUAAUUUAUUACGU